CAUACAGAGAGGUUAGGCUCGUGUUAGUCCCUCUCAUUAGUCAUUCCUGGUAGUAUGUUAGGGGCACAGAAACGAUCGAAGGUGCAUCGUGCAUGAAAUGCUAAUAUCCCUUUAUCGUCUAUCGUGAAAGAUACCACGGACUAUUCCGUCUACAUUCAUUUUUACCCUAAAAAUGAUAAGCAUGUUUAUAUUUUAAAUGCAAGGUUAUGCGUUUCUCUACUGUGAUGAGUCCUGCUUCGAGGCAACGAUAUUUUUGGGAAGGAUGUGCCGUGUUGCUGAUCAUUGCGACUAUUGGCGUAGCUGCUCAAGGUUCGUGCAGGAUGGACGACGGCGGGCCGGGCGAGUGCAUCGAGCUGCUGCAGUGCCAGCAACACGUUAGCGUCAUCACUGCAAUCAGGUCCGGCCGUGCCCCGACGUCAGAGUACGCGCGACUACGACGUCUGGUGUGCGCCAUCAGAGCAGGCAAUGUACUGCUGCUCUGCUGCCCUGCUGAGACCUUCACGAGUUCGGUGGGCGCCUCUAUUUUUCAACCACCCACACUCGUGUUAGGGCGACAGCCGACAUCCGCAGAAUCUUUGCUGCCCAGCGACUGUGGGCUGACGGCGCAGCCUGACAGGAUCGUGGGGGGCGAAGACGCCUACGUGGGUGGCUGGCCGUGGAUUGCCAUGCUCUACGGCAGCCCGACUCCAUCGUCCGAUAAAUUGUUCUUCUGCGGCGGCUCCCUGAUCACCAGCCGCUAUGUGCUCACCGCCGCGCACUGCAUCUACAGAGGCGACGUCUCGACCAUAGACCUAGUCCGGCUGGGAGAGCACACGGUGUCGCGCGACAUCGACUGUGAGAACAACGACUUCGGCCAGCAGCGGUGCGCUCCGCACCCACAAGACAUCCGCCCUGAGAGCGCCGUGCUGCAUCCUAACUACGACCGUCCUGGCUGCCUGCGCUGCAAUGACAUCGCCCUCAUCAGGCUCUCGGCCAACGCUCGUCUCAACGAGUUUGUGCGGCCAGUUUGUCUGCCUAUCAACCCAGUGCAGCAGAUGGGGUUCGCAGCGAGCGAGUUCAUCGGCAAGUUUGGAUGGGCAGCAGGCUGGGGAAGUGUCGGCAGAUCCCUAUUCGACACGCGCCAACCCGACGUGCUGCAGCAGGUGCAGCUUCAGGUGCUAUCCUGCAGUAGCCCUGGCGUGCUGUGUGCGCUGGGGCCUGGCAAGGACACCUGCAGGGGAGAUUCUGGGGGGCCCUUCGUCCUCUCCGACAGUCGGGGUCUGCGGUUCUUCCUGGUGGGGGUGACGUCGAGCGGGAACGUCGUGUGUGCUACGGAGGGCGUGAGCACGCGCUACACGGCCGUACACGAGCACAUCCCUUGGAUCACGCAGACCUUGCGACCGUAGCACAAGUCCUGCGAGACGACCGCGAUACUACCGUGUUGAAUCGAUGAACUUUAGAAAAAAUAUAUCUCAGUACUCACUGCAGUGAGUGACAGA